GAGGAAGGGUUAGUUCAAGCAGAGCAGCAGACCCAACUUGAAGCUCUUGAAAUCCCAUCCUUCUCCUCCGCCAUCGCCCCCAUCACCACGGAACACUGUGAUCGUUGUUCUUGGACCUGAAGCCAAGUUACUUCUCGGUACAUUCAUCACAGCCUUGACAUUUCAAAGUCUAGCUUUGAAAUAGAAGGGAAAGGGUACGAUUAGGGUGAGAGACAGAGAGAUCGGAGCGGUUUUUGAGUUUGAUCGAAGUCGUGCGUGCUUCGGCUGUCGGGAUGGAGGCGAAGUUAGCAGAAUGUACCCGCAUUUUUCAGAAAUUCAAGGCCGCCUAUCAGCAGAAUGAUUAUGAUACUUGCUCCAAUUUGCUCUCGCAGCUCAAGGUGAAAUUGACAGAGUUUCCAGCUCUGCCCCCUGCUUACAAGCAAACAUCAACAGCCGUUCAGGAGCUUAUCCUCGCAAGGGAGAUAUUUGAGCACGCCAUCGUUCUCAGCGUGAAGACAGAGGACCAGGACGCCUUCGAACGCCAUUUUCUUCAACUGAAACCUUACUACACAGACACCAGGGAUCUCAUUCCUCGAUCACGCGAGGAGUAUCCUAUUCUAGGCCUCAAUCUGCUACGGCUACUAGUGCAAAAUAGAAUCGCAGAAUUCCACACCGAGCUUGAGCUUUUACCUCCUGAAGCUCACGAAAACCCUUGUAUCAAACAUGCCGUCGAGCUCGAGCAGUCAUUUAUGGAAGGUGCCUAUAACCGCGUUUUGAGUGCACGCCAAGCUGUUCCACACGAGACAUACGUGUACUUCAUGGAUUUGCUCGCCAAGACCGUUCGCGAUGAAAUUGCUGGUUGUAGCGAGAAGGCGUAUGAUUUUCUAACAGUGGCAGAUGCGAAGAAGAUAUUGAUGUUUUCUACCGAUCGUGAAUUGCAAGAGUAUGCUGCAGAGGAUCAUAAUGAUUGGGACAUCCGCAACGGCUGUGUAUAUUUCCAGAAGGUGAAGGAUUUAGCUCCAUGCAAGGAAAUUCCUUCUUUGCAAUUGAUAAACCAGACAUUAGGAUAUGCCAGGGAACUCGAGCGCAUUGUAUGAGUAUCUCAGAGGUUACUUAGUCAGAUUACCUGUGAAUUCUUCUUGUUUGUCUUACGGACUUUUUUACCAGAGUUGUCGGGUGUCGGGUGUAACGAAAGGGCUCUUGACUUGCGCUGCCAUUCUUUUAGCAAUAAAGACAAAUCUGUGACAAAUUUUUUCUAAGUUGAGGAGGUCUAAUCACAGUGGCCAGGUCUUUGCCGAGGCCAGUCAACCCC